AUGAACAGCUUGUUGGCGGGGUACGCCUCGUCGAGCAGCGACGACGCGGGGCCGCCGAAGCGGCGCAACGUCUCCCAACCGCCGGCGCCGAAGCCCAAGGCAAAGGCAAGGCCCACCAAGCCCCCUGCUGCCCGCCUGCCCUCCCUCCCGACCUCGUUCACCAGCACCCCCGACGACCCCAGCGCGCACCAAGGCCGGCGGCGAGCGCGGCCCUUCACUGAUGGGGACUACUACGCGCACAUCUACGCGGAGUUGCCCGUCCCGCCGGCUCUGGCACGCGCGCUCACCGCCGUGAUAGGCGACCUGCGCACCCGGCUGCCCGACUAUGCCGUCCACCCGAUCCUCGAUGGCCCGCAGGCAGCACUACACGUAUCCCUCUCCCACCCGCUGCCACUCCGGCGCGGCCUCACGACGUCUCUCGCGCCAGAACUGGCGUCCGCUGUCGCGAAGCUCAAGUUGGGAAAGCUCAGGUUGAGCCUUGCGUCGCUGGCGGGGUACACCAACACGGCCGGCCGCGCGUUCGUUGCGCUCUGCGUUGGGGCGGGCGCGUCCGAGCUCGCGCGCGCGCUCGAGCACGCCGUCGCGCCCGUGCUCCGCCGGCACCAUCUGCCGGCGUACCAUGACGACGCGGAGUUCCAUGCCUCGUUCGCUUGGUGCCUCCAGGCUGGUGCCGAGGGGGACAAGGAAGAGAGGGAAGGCGACGUCUCGCCUUCAGACGCCGCACCAUUCACGCCCGAGCUGCUCGCGCACCUCGGCGCCACGCGCUCCGCCGCGCUGCUCAAGGCCCAGCCCGCCUCCGGCUGGACCAUCACCGACCUCUGCGUCAAGGUCGCGCGCGACGUCACCCGCAUCCCACUCUAG